AUGCUAAGACGACCAAGAUCGUACGAUCCUGCGAGCAUACACCCAGUGCCCACGAAUGUGCCAAAGUUGGCAAGAUCUGUCUCGGCUUAUUAUACAGUGGAAUCGGAUAAUCACUCCAAAGCGCGAAUCAAUUUAUUAAAAAAUCCAUCGUAUUUGGGUCACUAUACGUCUCGUGUGAAUAGAACUUACAAUGAGGAUAGAUACUAUGCUGGAGUCUUGAAACUACCAGUGGGAUCCAGUUUGACAUCCAAAUAUGUUCGCCAGAAAUUUACCCAUCAUGACCGGCAGGUGUUUAAUUUCGCUGUAUUUGACGGGCAUGGUGGAUCCGAGUGUAGUCAAUUUCUGCAGGAUCAUCUUGCAGAAUACGUGGAAAAUUGCGACUUAUCAUCAGGAACUGCUCUUCGCGAUUUAUAUAGAAAAAACGUUGGCGGGUAUUGGCGAGCAUGGGGUCCAGAACUAGAUCGUUAUGUCAGUAGGUUGACAGCAGUGGAUGAUUUCCAACUCCGGCUUCCAUUAUCGUUCUUGAAGGCUGAUUACGAGUUCAGUGAGAAAUUCGAGCGCGCCGGGUCCACCGCCACCAGUGUAUAUUUAUAUUCAGAUGAGGAGUCCAUUAGUGCCAAUGGAGACGGCACCAACCUGAUAGGUAAGACUGCAGCGGCCAAUGAUAGCGAAGAUGCGGUCGACUAUUCGAGGACUCCAAAAGCGUUCUGGGACCAGGAUCAAGUAACAACUCUUGUUGUUGCUCAUGUGGGUGAUACGAGAUGUAUAUUGUGCGACCACCAUGGCAAUGUACAUCAACUUACUACCAACCACCACCCAUCAACAUCUGUGGAAAACACACGUCUAAAACGUUAUGCAACCUCCUUCUUCACUGACUCGUUUGGUGAGGAGCGUUUCGGUAGCUUUGCAAAUACUAGAGCAUUUGGAGACUUUGCAGCGAAAGCAAAGGGAAUUACUGCAGAACCUGAGAUUGUCGAGUGCCGAAUAGGUGACAAAAGGAAAAUAAAGUCCCUGUCGUCAACUUAUCCGAGACAUAUUAAGACUUUCACUGGAGACGAAGCAUUUUUGGUGCUAAUGUCGGACGGUGUAACUGAAAUGAUAUCUGACCAAGAAGUUGUUGACCUGGUUAUCAACACAGCCAAUAAAGCUGGAUCUGGCAGGGGUACGCCUCAGGAUGCUGCCAAGGAGAUUGUACAUUACGCAGCUGCUGUUGGUGGAGAUGACAAUGCUACCUGCAUGGUUAUUCGUCUAAGUGGCUGGGGAAAGUGGGAUACUUGGUACGACCGCACCGCCCCUCGUCGUGAAGAAAAGCUCUCGAGCUAUUCAGUACGAGCCCCACGAAGAACUUAA